AUGGUUGCUCCCCUAGAUACAGCCCGAAGCUCGUCGAGCUCCUCGCACCCGUCCACUGCCUUCCACGUAGCUGGCUCGACAGGCACCUCGACUCGAAACCGCAUCAAUGCCAGCCUAGGCAAGCAGCACUUUGUGCUCAAUACGGACCCCUUUUCUCCCACCGCCAGCAAGGCCCUGUUCGAUGCUGUUCCCCGCAAUGCGGAAUUCGAGUCGCUCAGGCCAAUUCUAGCCAGACUCCCGCUCGAACUUGAAGACGACCAGGAUCAAGAUGGCACUGACAACGACGACGACGACGACGACCGAGAUACGCUGGACUAUACGUCAAAGAGAGGUGUCUUGUACACGCGAUCGCGAUUGCCGUUCCUCGAUUCGACGAGCUACCACCUCUGGAAAGCACUACAUCACUUUCGUCCGCUCACUGCCGACUACGCUUCGGGCUACCUCGACAUCGCACAACCCCCUCCUCACCCCUUACCUCCCACCACCGCCACGACCACCACCGCCCUUACGACGUGCCCAGCGUUCUCCUCGGCAUCGACACGCGCACUCGCGCAGCUGCGCACCUCGUUCAACUGGUCCGCCCUGCCCACGCUCCCCGCAUGCGCCGAACCCCGCAGCUGGUACGGCGUGCUCUUCCUCUCGGUACGCCAGCCCGGGUCGGAAUCCACAUCGUUCUACGAAGCCGACCGGUUGGCGCACGAAGAAGCUACUCGCUCGGGCGGGCUCAUCAUGUACUGGUACGGCUCGCCCAACCCAAGCACGGGUGCCAACCUGGCGACGUGCAUCUGGACCUCGAGAACUGCCGCGAUCGCCGCAUCGCAGCUGCCGCUCCAUCACAAGGCGGCGCGAUACGCUGCUCCUAGCUACCAGCGCUACGACCUCAUCCGGUACAAGUUGGUCAAAUAUCCGCACGAUGCUAGGCUGCGUAUCGAGGCGUGGACUCCGCAAGAUGAUAAAGCGGAACGAAGUGAUGAGCAGUAA